AUGAGGCUGCUGGUCUUCCUGGGCCUGCUGUGGGGCUCAACGGCUGCGUCCUCGGGGCCGCAGUGGCCCAAGCCUGUGUUUGGGCGCCUGGCAUCGCCCGGCUUCCCCGACAAGUACGCCAACAACCAGGAGCGGCGCUGGGCCCUGACGGCGCCCCCCGGCUACCGCCUGCGCCUCUACUUCACGCACUUCCAGCUGGAGCCCUCCUACCUGUGCGAGUAUGACUUCGUCAAGCUGAGCGCCGGGACCAAGGAGCUGGCCACGCUCUGCGGCUCGGAGAGCACGGACACGGAGCGCGCGCCCGGCAACGACACCUUCCGCUCGCCGGGCUCCAGCCUGGAAGUGACCUUCCGUUCCGACUACUCCAACGAGAAGCCGUUCACGGGCUUCGAGGCCUUCUACUCUGCAGAGGACAUUGACGAGUGCCAGGUGCCCCCAGGAGAGACCCCCACCUGCGACCACCACUGCCACAAUCACCUGGGUGGCUUCUACUGCUCCUGCCGUGUGGGCUAUGUUCUCCACAGGGACAAGCGCACCUGCUCAGCCCUGUGUUCUGGCCAGGUCUUCACUGCCCGGUCUGGGGAGUUCAGCAGCCCUGAAUACCCGCAGCCAUACCCCAAACUCUCCAGCUGCACCUACAGCAUCCACUUGGAGGAGGGAUUCCAUGUCAUCUUGGACUUUGUGGAGUCCUUUGACGUGGAGACGCACCCUGAGACUCUGUGCCCCUACGACUCCCUCAAGAUUCGAACAGACAAGGCAGAAUACGGCCCGUUCUGUGGGAAGACAUUGCCCGGCAGGAUUGAAACCAACAGCAAUACCGUGACCAUCACCUUUACCACCGAUCAGUCGGGGGACCACAUGGGCUGGAAGGUCCGAUACAGCAGCACAGCUCAGCCUUGCCCUGAUCCAUUGGCGCCACCUAAUGGCCACAUCUCCCCUGUGCAAGCCAAAUACAUCCUGAAGGAUCACUUCUCGGUCUUCUGCGAGACUGGUUAUGAACUUCUGCAAGGUAAUUUACCCCUGAAAUCAUUUGCUGCGGCCUGUCAGAAAGACGGAUCUUGGGACCGACCGAUGCCAGAGUGCAGAAUUGUGGACUGUGGCCCUCCUGACAAUCUACCCAGUGGCCAGGUGGAGUACAUCACGGGUCCUGCAGUGACCACAUACAGGGCUGUGGUUAAAUACCGCUGUGAUGAGUUCUACACAAUGACAACCAACGAUAGUAAAUAUGUGUGUGAGGCUGAUGGAUUCUGGACGAGCUCCAAAGGAGAAAAAUCACUCCCAGUCUGUGAGCCUGUGUGUGGAAUAUCCACUCGUACUACAGAAGGUCGUAUAUAUGGAGGACAAAAUGCAAAACUUGGUUAUUUUCCUUGGCAAGCGCUGUUACUAGGUAAAACCAUGGCAGCAGGUGCACUGCUGCACGACAACUGGAUCCUAACGGCUGCUCAUGCUGUUUAUGACCAAAGAGAAGAUGCUGCCUCCCUGCAGAUCAGAAUGGGGGCCCUGAAGAGAAUAUCACCUAAUUAUACACAAGCCUGGGCCGAGGCCAUUUUUAUACAUGAAAGUUACAUUCAUGAUGCUGGUUAUGAUAAUGACAUAGCACUGAUUAAACUGAAGAACAAAGUUGUAAUCAACAGCAACAUCAUGCCUAUUUGUUUGCCAAGAAAAGAAGCGGAAUCUUUCAUGAGAACAAAUGACAUCGGAACUGCAUCUGGAUGGGGAUUAACCCAAAGGGGGUUUCUUGCCAGAAAUCUAAAGUUUGUUGACAUACCAGUUGUUGACCAUCAAAAAUGUACUGCUGCCUACGAAAAGAAGUCCUAUCCAGAGGGAAGGGUAACUGAUAACAUGCUUUGCGCUGGCUUGCAAAGUGGGGGCAAGGACAGCUGUAGAGGUGACAGUGGGGGGGCAUUAGUGUUUCUAGAUAAUGAGACCCAGAAGUGGUUUGUGGGAGGAAUAGUGUCCUGGGGUUCCAUUAAUUGUGGGGAAGCAGAUCAGUAUGGGGUCUACACCAAAGUCAUAAACUACAUUCCCUGGAUCAAGAGAAUUAUUAAUAGUAAUUUUUAA